UUGUCAUCUGAAACACCUCCCUUUUUGCCAUCACUUCUAAAGCAAACUCUCACAGUACUUGUUCUGAGAGCUGCUGGAUGAGCAGGUGAAAACUUAAUAUUAAAGGCUCAGACCAAGAAAAACAGCUAUGUCAGCCCCAUACCCACAAGCAUACAAUGCUCCUCCUCCAUCAUACACCCAGCAUGUACCACAGAUGCAACCAGUACCAUCCUACAUUCAGCCUGUACCGCAACCAGCACCACCCUACAGCCAACCUGUACAACAACAACAACCAGGAGUCGCUUUUAUGCCACAAAGCAAUAUUCCACCUCAGGCACCAGAAAACCCAAGACCAACAGAUGGUCACAACCAAAACAUAAACAUUACAAUUGGCCAGCCACCAGCCCCAGUUGCACCAGUUGCUGUACAACCACUGCAAAGUGCACCAGUUAUUGUGGCACAGCCACUAGAAGUUGGAGCAGUGCGUCCAAUUAUUGGGAGUUCGUUUCAAGAUACACCAGCAGCAGCAACAUGUCCGAGCUGUAAUCAAAAAGUUAUCUCAAGAUUACAGUAUACAGUAGGGCUUUUUUCCUGGGUUAUUUUUGGAAUUCUUAUAUUUUUUGGUUGCUGGCUGGGGUGUUGUAUUAUCCCCUUCGUUAUGAAUCGAUGCAAAGAUGUCGACCAUUACUGCCCAAGCUGCAACUUCCAUUUGCACAGAUACGAACGAUUGUGAAGAAAUAGAUUAUUUCGCAUUUAUUACAAAAUUUUACAAAUUGUGAAUCAUACAGAAGGCGCGCUUUCUAUGAAUCAAUUCGAAUAUUGAUGCAUUUUUAAACACAUUUAUUCCAAAAUUUUACAAAUUGUGAAUCAUACAGAAGGCGCGAUUUCUAUGGAUCAAUUCGAAUAUUGAUGCAUUUUUAAACAUUCUGUUAAAAUAUGGAAAUACAAAAAAAAAAAAAAUUUACUCAGUUUAACACAGAACAUAUUAUGCUUUGUUUUUAAUUUGUAUUAUUUAUGCAGUGGUACAAAUGGUACAGCUGCACUGGGAAAAUGUAUAUCUUGAAUUCAG